AUGGUUGAGUGGGAGGCAGGUGAUAGGCCGGGCGAAGCUGGACAGUUCCAGCAGCUGCAGCUGGCAGCUGGCUGGCCUGGGGAUGACCUCAAACACACCAAGAACGAGAUCUCAGAGCUGACCCGGCUCAUCCAAAGGCUGCACUCGGAGAUCGAGAGUGUGAAGAAGCCGGUCAAGGAGGAGCUGGCCCGGAUGAUGCAUGAGUACCAGGAACUUAUGAGCACCAAGCUGGCCCUGGACAUCGAGAUCGCCACCUACCGCAAGCUGCUGGAGGGUGAGGAGUGCCAGUGGGUGUGGAUCCUGGAGCAGCAGAACCAGGUGCUGGGGACCAAGUGGGAGCUGCUGCAGCAGCUGGACCUGAACAACUGUAAGAACAACCUGGGGCCCAUCCUCGAGGGCUGCACCAGCAACCUGCGCAAGCAGCUGGAGACGCUGUCCGGGGGCCGGAUGAGUCUGGACUCGGACCUGAGGAAUGUGUGGGAUGUGGUGGAGGACUACAAGAAGAGGUAUGAGGAAGAAAUCGACAGGCGGACAGCAGCAGAGAAUGAGUUUGUGCUUCUCAGAAAGGACGUGGUUGCAGCUUAUGCCAGUAAGGUGGAGCUGCAGUCCAAGGUGGACUCCAGGGACCAGGAGAUCAUGUUCUUCCAGUGUCUCUAUGAAGCCGUAAGGAUCGCUCAGAUCCAGUCCCACAUCAGUGACAUGUCUGUCAUCCUGUCCAUGGACAACAACCGCGACCUGAACCUGGACAGCAUCAUUGAUGAGGUUCGUGCCCAGUACGAGGAGAUCACCCUGCAGAGCAAGGCUGAGGCCAAGGCGCUAUAGCAGACCAAGUUCCAGGAACAGCAGCUGGCAGCUGGCCAGCAUGGGGACGACCUCAAAAACACCAAGAAUGAGAUCUCAGAGCUCACCCGGCUCAUCCAGAGGAUCCGCUCAGAGAUUGAGAAUGUGAAGAAGCAGGCUUCCAACCUGGAGACGGCCAUCGUUGUUGCUAAGCAGCGUGGGGACAACACCCUGAAGGAUGCCUGGGCCAAGCUGGAUGAGCUCUCCAAAGACAAGCUGGCCAGGAUGAUGCACGAGUACCAGGGACUCAUGAGCCUGAAGCUAGCCCUGGACAUGGAGAUUGCCACCUACCGCAAGCUGCUGGAGAGCAAGGAGUGCCGGUGA